CAGCGCGGGUCGACUUGCAGAACACACCAGAUGUUCCGGUGCUCCUGUUCGCUCUUCCCCCAACGUAAUUUACACGAAAUUACUUUAAAAUUUUUCCCCUUAUAACUUCUUAUUUUUCCUCUCUUCAUCCUAGAAGAACCAGGGCAGAGUAGUUAGGAGGCCUUCCUGCCCGACCUUCACCCGGUGGGGUGAGAUCUGGCCUUUUUAGUCAAAGGAAAAUUCCCAUCGCCUGAGGGGGUCAGGAGGCCUGCAAGUUGCCUCUGGCUUGGACAAGGAAUUGCUCAGGAGGCUAUGGCCCUGGCCCAUCCUUGAGCCAUGGUUUGCCCACCUCAGAAAGGGUGGAGGUUCCACCCAUUUCUGAAAUGGGCAAGGGGUUCCAGCUCCAUCCAGUGCCUCUUCAGUAGCAGUCCCUGUCGGACUCCGGGACCACACGCCCUGGAGUGGGCAGGGUUCCUCCUUCGAGCCUCCCUUCUGACUCCGCCUUUCUCCCCGAGAGAACCGGGGUCCCGAGGCAUCCCUCCCGGGGACUUUCCAGGCUCUGCGGUUCCCCAAAGAGGGCGCUGCCCUAGCCCAGCCGGAGCGGCGGACCUGCAGGGCCCCGGUGGCGGGAGGGGGCCGUGACUCACCGCCGGUAACCCAACACCGCCGGGCCUCCUUUCCCCGGCCUCCCCCAGCUCCGGCGGGCCUCGCGGCCGCCGCGACACCAUAACAAACAUGAAGGGUGGCCCCGGAGGGUGCAGCCCCCGGCCCCAACGCGCGCGCCUGGGCCACCGGGCUGUGUGCGCGGUCGCCUCUGCGGCCUCCGGGCCCCGCGAGCUUCACCCGAGGCGGAUCGGCCCAAGCUAGUGGCGGACCGCCCGCAGUAACUGCGGAGGGUGAGUGCGGGACGCGCAGGGAGGGGACCGGCGCACUGAGGAGUCCAAUCCCCCUCCCACACCCCAACCGAGACCGUCCGUCCCCGCCCGGCGAGGACAAAGCGCCCGGCCGCCGCCCGGGCCUGCGCCGCGCCGCACAAAGGGUGAACGACGACACGCACCCCGCCCCCUCCCUGCGCGGUGGCCCGGCGCGGAGGUGGGGACACCCGGGCGCCCGCCCCGCGCUCCCCUCCAGCCCCGCCCCGUCUGCGCGUCCUCCCGGCGCGGGGGCGGGGGGCGCGGCGCCCCACAUAACACUCCCCUCCUGCGCGCCGAGCCACCCUCUCCCCUCCUCCUCGCGAACACCGCCGCCUCCCCUGACACCGCCGCCACCUAGCCGGACGCUCCGCAGAUUGCCGCGGCAGGCCGGGGGGCGGUGCGCCGAGCGUGCGCGCCCGGGACGCCAGAUGUGCGGUCUCCGCCGCCGCUAGUGCCCCAGCGGCAGCCAGAGCCAGGUCGGGUCGUCUCGGCAAUGCUGCGGGGGCGACCUUGAACGCACCCUGGUUUCCCUCGGUGGGGACCACCCCGAGUCCCCGUGCCCAGUCCUGCCUUCUCCAGCCCGGCUUGCUCCGCGCUUGGUCAUGGAAGGGGCGACCGUGCUCGCGGCAGGGGAUGGCCCUGCGGUGGAGACCGGGUUGCCCGGUUCUCUGCGGGAGGCGGUGGCUGAGGCGACUGCCGCCCCAGCGGAGCCCAGGAAGCCUCACGGGGUGAAACGACAUCACCACAAGCACAACUUGAAGCAUCGUUAUGAGCUGCAAGAGACCCUGGGCAAAGGUACCUACGGCAAAGUCAAGAGAGCCAUCGAGAGGUUUUCAGGCCGAGUGGUUGCUAUAAAAUCCAUCCGUAAGGACAAAAUUAAGGACGAGCUAGACAUGGUUCACAUCAGACGAGAAAUUGAGAUCAUGUCAUCCCUCAACCAUCCUCAUAUCAUCAGUAUUUACGAAGUGUUUGAGAACAAAGAUAAGAUUGUAAUCAUCAUGGAAUACGCCAGCAAAGGAGAGCUGUAUGAUUACAUCAGUGAACGGAGACGCCUCAGUGAAAGGGAGACCAGACACUUCUUCCGGCAGAUCGUGUCUGCUGUGCACCAUUGUCACAAGAACGGCGUGGUCCACCGGGACUUGAAGCUGGAGAAUAUACUCCUUGACGACAACUGCAAUAUUAAGCUCGCUGACUUUGGGCUCUCCAACCUGUACCAGAAGGACAAGUUCUUGCAAACGUUUUGUGGGAGCCCUCUCUAUGCAUCUCCUGAGAUUGUCAACGGCAGGCCUUACCGAGGGCCAGAGGUGGACAGCUGGGCUCUGGGUGUCUUGCUUUACACUCUCAUUUAUGGAACGAUGCCCUUCGAUGGCUUUGAUCACAAAAACCUCAUCCGACAAAUCAGCAGUGGAGAGUACCGGGAGCCCACACAGCCCUCAGAUGCGCGAGGACUCAUUCGGUGGAUGCUGAUGGUGAACCCUGAUCGCCGGGCCACCAUCGAGGACAUUGCCAACCACUGGUGGGUGAACUGGGGCUACAAGAGCAGUGUCUGUGACUGUGAUACCCUUCCUGACUCUGAGUCUCCACUCUUGGCACGGAUCAUUGAUUGGCACCACCGUUCCACGGGGCUACAGACUGAGGCUGAAGCCAAGAUGAAGGGUCUGGCCAAGCCAGGAGCCUCUGAGGUUGUAUUGGAGAGGCAGCGGUCACUGAAGAAGUCCAAGAAAGAGAAUGACUUUCCCCAGUCUGGGCAGGACUCCGUACCUGAAAGCCCAUCCAAGCUGAGCUCCAAGAGGCCCAAGGGUAUCCUAAAGAAGAGGAGCAAUAGUGAGCAUCGCUCCCACAGCACUGGCUUCAUCGAAGGCAUUGUGGGCCCUGCCUUACCAUCUCCUUUCAAAAUGGAGCAAGAUUUAUGCCGGACUGGUAUCCCCCUCCCCAGUUCCCCGGAGGCAGAUAUGUCGGGGAAGAUCAGCCUCACACAGUCAGCCACGAUGCCCAAGAAAGGCAUCUUGAAGAAGACGCAGCAGAGAGAAUCUGGGUACUAUUCAUCCCCAGAGCGCAGCGAGUCCUCAGAGCUGCUGGACAGUAAUGAUGUGAUCAUCAGCAGUGGCCUCUCUUCCCCUUCCCCAGACCCAGCCAGGGGAGCUUCCCACAGCCUGUCCUGCCGGAGGAAAGGCAUCCUGAAACACAGCAGCAGGUACUCGGAUGGUGCCGCAGACCCCGCCCUCUCCGGCCCUGAAAUGCCCACACUGGAAUCCCUGUCAGCUACGGGUGUCCCCUCGGAUGGCCUCUCGAGGAGCUAUAGCCGGCCAUCUAGUGUUGUCAGCGAUGACAGUGUCCUGUCCAGCGACUCCUUUGACUUGCUAGAUUUGCAAGAGAAUUGCCCAGCCCGCCAGCGCAUCCGCAGCUGCGUCUCUGCUGAAAACUUCCUCCAGCUUCAGGACUUUGAGACACCCCACAACCGGCCCAGGCCGCAGUACCUGAAGCGGUACCGGAACCGGUUGGCAGACAGUAGCUUCUCUCUUCUUGCUGAUAUGGACGAUGUGACUCAGGUGUAUAAAAAAGCGCUGGAGAUCUGCAGCAAGCUCAACUAGCCCUUCAGGCACAGAGGGUGGGAUGGGAUGGUGGGUGGGUCUAAGGGAGGAGGGGAACAGAACUCAGCUAGCAGGCUGGUUACCUCUUUGCUGGCCAUGGCAACCGACUGGAAAAGGACCAGCAAUUUCUGGCCUGGCCAGUUUUCAAAGCCUUGAGUCAGCAUCUAAAAGGGAUGGAAACCAUUCUUUACUGUUUCUGCUGGCUGCCAGUAGGAACUGGCAUUCCCAUACAGCAUCUCACAUAGGAUUGGCUCUCCAGGGAGGGUGGUGUUGGCCACCAUGAAGUGGGAGAGGGGGCGUUAUAGGGAAGGGGGAUUUUCUACAAGUCAUCUAGACAUUUCCGGAGGAGGGGCAGAGAGACUGAGACAAAUCUGCUUUGAAUGAAUACCGUAGCAAGCCUGGUCUGAUUACAUGGGGGCUAGCAAGAUUUCAGCAACCUGAGUGUGAAUUGGCAAUUGAUUGAUAAUGUCUGUACUGUGUGCUCAGUUGAGUAGCCUAGGCACACCAGAGGGUGCUGUGAUUAGGUAUCAAUAACUGCCCUGGAAUCAGGAAUGGAAGCAGCAACAUACCUGACAUGGCCCUGGGAAGUAGGUGGAAGCGCCCAGCUUUUCUCUUCCUUCCUUCCUUCCUUCCUUCCUUCCUUCCUUCCUUCCUUCCUUCCUUCCUUCCUUCCCUCCCUCCCUCCCUCCUUCCCCUCCCUCUCUCUCUCUCUCUUUCUCUCUCUCUCUCUUUCUUUCUUAACGACAUUUGUUAAUUUGCUCCUGGACCUUGAGUGGAAGACAGAAGGACUUGCUUAGAGAGCGAAUGAGUUGAAUUCUGCUAAGGAAAUAGUCAAGUGGUGGUAAAUUUUUGGUUUCCUGGGAUAUGCCUUCUCUUUCUUGCCUUGUUUGUUGUUCUGACCUCCUGAAGGUGAGCAAGGAGAGAGAUGGCAGUGUGAGAGGCCAGGGCUUUGUGUGUGACCAGGCAAAGAGCUGUGGUCUUCGCACUGUUGGAUGGAAGGCAUGCCAGCAUGGGGCAACUUACUUUUUCUUAAAUGUCUCAGUAUUAACUGGAACCCUGCCUCUGGCUUCUCACCUGCAUAAAGGCUUUAAUUGGGUGUGAUACCAGGUUCACUGGCUCAGCCUUUGGCCCCCUCCACCCACAAGUGCAGAACCUUAACAGUAGAUAUAAUGCUUCUAGGGAGCUAGUGCAUAGUUGUAGUAUGUGGAUGAGGAAAAGUCCAGUUUGAUGGAAGAUUCAUGUCUCCUCAGACCUAAGUAUUCUGUUUUGAUCUCCUUCAGUUUGGGGGAGAAAACAAGUUCCAUCCAUCUAGGGAACAAGAUGUUGCAAGAGCAGAGUGUUUUGGGGAGGCUUACGACGUUUCCUCGGGAGCCAUACAGAUGGCUAUGGAGGAGGCAGAAGAGAGGUGUGUGACAGGGUGCUUAAAAAUGUUCAAGCUGGUUAUCUAAUCUUAUCUAAUCUCUGAACACUAAGAUGACAGGUGACGUCAUCCCCACCGAGGGCAUCUUAGGGAUACUGGAAGCUGAAAUGGUUUUUCUGGGCUGACCUAGGAAUCAACUGGCUUAGGUAAAUUAAAAUCCUUAUUCUAAGGUGGCUGCCUUCUGAGAACCUCUCAGAGAGGCAUGGGGGAGGGUGCAUCCUGGGAAAACAUGGAACCUGUCACAACACUGAGGACAGUUGUCACGGAGAUGUUGCUCUAGUUGGCAGGAGACUGCUCAUGGCAUCUCUGUGUGCCACCCACUCCAGCGUUUAGGCCCAUGCCUUCCCUUGGGCUGAGCUGAACAGGAUAUGGUGGGAAGCUGCUUCAAUCCUUUUCAGUUUCAACUCCUUCUUGAACUCUGAUAGGGGCAAAAAGGGGAAAAAAAAUCUAUAGGUAGAGAAUUGGGUUUGAGGGUUUGGAGGUGCAUACAUGGCAGCAUGCAACCUCUGAUCCCCCAUAUCUUUGCUUCUUUUCAUGAAUAGCCCCUGCUGCUACACUGUCCCCCCUCCCCGCCAGCAGGCAGCUGGUCUCCGGUAUACCAGCCAUUCCUGGUGGUUGGGACUUUUCCCUUUUGCCAGCUGAUUAUGUCUGUUUAGUAUUUCUGAUGACACAUUCUGAUGACUCCAUGAAGAAAACCAACCCCCUCAGCCCCCUCUCCUUCCCUAUCACCAGCGUGUUCUCUUUUGUCAGAACACUCAAAGACAGUGGAUUGUGAAGGGAAAACCAGAUGUCUCUCACCCAGAACAGAGGCUCUGGUGUGUCCUGUGUUCCAAGGCAGACAGUGAGUCCAGUCCAGGUCUACCUGGUUAGGUCCCAGGCACCUGCAGUGCUGCAAGCACUACAGUGGAGGCUGGGGAAGUACCUGAGAGGUUGCUCAAGGCCCUGCUGGGUUCCGACAUCUUCUGCUUCUAGCUAAGGUGCUUGCUGAAUGUCCCUGCAAGGAAAAGUUAGAAUAAAGAAGAAAGCCCUAAAGAGCAGCUUCCCGGUGAAGUCCUGUUAUCCCAACCAGCUAAUCUGCAGCCAAAAGAGGCAUGCUUGCCUCAUUUCCAUGGAGUCACCAGUGAGAGACACUGAUGACCUGAUGGGCAGAAGGGGAGUCGCUGUCAGCUCUCCUGGUCCUUCCUUCACUUCUGGGGCCCUUUCAUUGUCUUCGUUUACACACCUGCCAAAGGGGGUGGAAUUGUACAUUGUUUUACAGGUAAAUUUCAAGGCACAAUCCGUUUUUAGGAAAGUACUUCAAGACUCAAGGUGGCAUGACAAUGCUCAGUUUCCUCUGAGUUUUGGCCUCUGUUACCGUGUGCUCUAUGAUCGCUCUGCAGGGUGAAGUUCGAGCAUGUUUUGCCCAGGCAUGCUGUCUUGAGUACAAAUGUGAAGGACAGACGGACUGCUUGUUGCCAAACUGGAAAUAUUUUGUAGGGAUUAACUGGCAUGGUAUCAUUCCUAGGAAGGGGGAAAAAGAAAAGAAAAAAGGAAAGGAAAGGAGAGUGAGAGAAACUUGACUGCACAUUUUUUUUUAUCCAUGUUGUGACUUUUAUUUAAUUUCUAUAUUUUUUUGGUAAUAAAAAGUUGACUUUUUAAUUUGAAUUGUCUUUUUAUUUAUUGGUCUGAAAGGCAUGUCAAAGGGAUUAUAAUAAUAUAUUGGUGUAACUUAAUUGGUGCAGCAUGCUUUACGGCUCGGGUCAAAAUUGGUUUUCACUUAUUUGAUUAGUUUAAGAACAGCCUACAUGGAAAAGGGGGGAAAAGCUGGCUAAUUACCCAAAGUGUUCAUUUUUCAUUGGAUACUGAUUUUUGUCAUUUUUGUUUCUGUUUUUAUUUUUAAAUUAAAUAAAUUGCAAUGAACUGAA